GGUUUCUGUGAGACCGCAACCGCUGUAUGAUACCCUCUAUGACGACGACGAAGCCGAGCAGCCGAGUGAUUGCGAAUCGCUUCGACUUUACCAGUCUUACGGGCGUUACGCAGUCGACCGGAGUCGAAACAUGCGGGGAAUCCCGUGCGACAAACCGGCGGAAAAUGGAGGGACAUCGGGCUACAUUUACCCAUCAGGAGGGAGCAAACUCCUUUCGCAGAAUUCGCAGAAUCUAGAUAUGGGCAUGUAGAUAAUUCCUCCCACUGCUAGGCCCAGCAGAGGCCGAAUGCAGCAUUGUAACACCCUCUCUGGCAUAGCAGCCAGGCGCAGCAGACCAGCAAUCCAGGAAUUCCCCCACCCCAGCAAAAACGCCACGCGGUGCUGCACAUGCCCACAUAUCAUCCAACAGACAAACCAUGUGGCCGAGCAUGAAAUAGGGGACACGGUUGGGUUUUGUCAGCUUCUCCCCGUUGAUGGCAUUCCGAACGAUCCUCGUGCGCAUUCCUGGGCAUCUCAUUCGUUUACUACAGCUUUGACACCCGGAAUGGGUGCAGGCGGAGCUUUCGGCAGAAGGGCGUGUUGCGGGCGGGAGAGGUGUGCCGAUUGUUCUACCCCGUGUUCCCCGAGACCGGGAUUACGCUACCAGCUGGGCCGGACCAAGGACCAGCGGGCAGAUGUGACGGAUGAUGCAAGCUUGGAACACGAAACCACAACAAUGCAUGGAAAUCCAACGCAUCUAUUGACCGCAAGCUGUCGCGACUUCAAUCCGAGAGAUUCCAUUCGUCACUUGCCUCCUCUCAAUCGCGAUUAUCGUACUUAAAACGUCUCGACUACCACCACAUAUCAACGCUGUGCGGCCGCAUCUCGGCACUCACCACCCCACGUCUCGUUCCCGGCUUUGUUCACUUCCAGUCUGGCACCACAAGACUGCCAACCUGCGCUUCCCCGCUGUUCCCGGACUUCGCACCAAACAGUCGCCCUUUCGACCGCCACGGCCACUUUCAGCCCUCAAUACU